AUUCGAGAGAUCCUUCUUCCCGGAAACAGUUCUUGCUGUGCAUGCCGAAGAAGAUGGCGGACGCGACGGUGACAGAUGGAGAAGAAAAACUCAGUAAAAAGUCUUGGCAGUGACUGCGUAGCUCAGUAGCACAGCUCCUUUCACCAUGUUGACUCUGGUCAGAUUUGCCAGGCAGCAACUGUUCCCAGCCUUUGGGGUCAGGGCUCAGAAGUCAAAGUUUGCUCUUCCCGUCUUAGCUGCCUUGCCCGCGCAACUCCAGGGAAAUCGCUGGCGUGGUGACAAAAGUGAGCUGAAGAGGCGCAUGAAGGCCGACAAGAAAGCGGCAGAGAAGGAGGCGAAGGUUAAAGACCAGGUGGAGCAGAAGAAAGAGGCCAAUGACACGGGAGAUCAGAACCUCUACAAUGCCGAUGAGGAGACUUUGGACCCCAAUCAAUACUACAAGAUCCGCACGCAGGCCAUCCAGGCACUGAAGGGCACCGCGGAGGACCCGUACCCUCACAAGUUCCACGUGGACCUGUCCCUCACAGAGUUCAUCGCCAAGUACAGCCACCUCCAGCCUGGGGACCAGCUCACAGACACCGUCCUCAAUGUGUCCGGCCGCGUUCACGCCAAGAGAGCCUCGGGUGCCAAGUUACUGUUCUACGACCUGCGUGGGGAGGGAGUGAAACUCCAGGUGAUGGCCAACUCCAGGAGCUACAAGUCCGAGGACGAGUUCGUGCGCGUCAACAACAAGCUGCGGCGUGGUGACAUCAUCGGCGUCCGUGGCAACCCCGGGAAGACCAAGAAGGGGGAGCUGAGCAUCGUGCCCGUCGAGAUGACCCUGCUCUCCCCCUGCCUCCACAUGCUGCCUCACCUCCACUUCGGGCUCAAGGAUAAGGAAACCCGUUUCCGUCAGCGGUAUCUGGACCUGAUCCUGAACGACUCGGUGAGGCAGAAGUUUGUGACGCGGGCCAAGAUCAUCACCUACCUGCGCAGCUUCCUGGACCAGCUGGGCUUUUUGGAGAUUGAGACACCCAUGAUGAACCUCAUCCCGGGGGGAGCUGUGGCUCGACCCUUCAUCACCUACCACAACGAGCUGGACAUGAACCUGUACAUGAGGAUCGCCCCUGAGCUCUACCACAAGAUGCUGGUGGUCGGAGGAAUUGACAGAGUGUACGAGGUCGGGCGGCAGUUCAGAAAUGAGGGCAUUGACCUCACUCACAACCCGGAGUUCACCACGUGUGAGUUCUACAUGGCCUACGCAGACUACCAUGACCUGAUGGAGAUCACCGAGAAGCUUCUGUCAGGAAUGGUCAAGCACAUCACAGGUGGAUUCAAGGUGACCUAUCACCCCGAUGGACCAGAGGGCCAGCCGUACGAGAUCGACUUCACUCCCCCCUUCAGAAGGGUCAGCAUGGUUCAUGACCUGGAGAAACAGAUGGGUGUGACGUUCCCACCUCCUGACACCUACGACAGCAACGAGACUCGCGCGUUCUUCGAUAAACUGUGUGCCGAAAAAGGGGUGGAGUGCCCUCCUCCCAGAACCACCGCUCGCCUUCUGGACAAGCUGGUGGGAGACUUCCUGGAAGUCACGUGCAUCAGCCCCACGUUCAUCUGUGAUCACCCCCAGAUUAUGAGUCCGCUGGCCAAGUGGCACAGAUCGGAGAAAGGGUUGACUGAGCGCUUCGAGCUGUUCGUGAUGAAGAAGGAGAUCUGCAACGCCUACACGGAGUUGAACGACCCGAUCAGACAGAGGGAGCUCUUUGAGCAGCAGGCCGCGGCCAAGGCGGAGGGCGAUGACGAGGCCAUGUUCAUCGAUGAGACCUUCUGCACAUCGCUGGAGUAUGGCCUGCCCCCCACGGCCGGCUGGGGCAUGGGCAUCGACCGCCUCACCAUGUUCCUCACAGACUCCAACAACAUCAAGGAAGUCCUCUUCUUCCCUGCCAUGAAACCUGACGACAAUAAAACAUCGGCGCCCACCGAGGGCACUUCCGUGUAGCUGUGUGACCCUUUCAUGACUCUUUCAUGACCUUUGCCAGCAGAAAAGUCAUUGGAAGGAAGAGCAGGGAUAUGAUUGCCCAGUUUGUUUCCGGCGUGAUGUGAUUCUCUAAUAUGGGAAGCACUAUUUUAAUCAUUUUCCAAAAUGUCCAAUUAUAUGAGAAUAAACUCGAUUAUGUUUUAUUUUUGUUUCACAAAGUGUGCGAUUGUUGCCUGGGAUGUCACUGCAAUCAUUCAAAAAUUUAAAGAUGUUAUAACAAAUAUGUUUGGAGGUCUUGUUAAGUGUUCUGUAUUGUUUUUUUGGAGAUAAGGGCUUUCUAAACCUGUUUUGUGGGACUGUGAAAAAUGAGAUGGUCCUGAAACCAAUUUUAAUGAGAUGAAAAUAAAACAUGUCAUGAUUGAAA